AUGUUUGCUUUCGUUGUUCGUCGGUUUGUUCCGGUGUUCUCCUCUCGUCUUGGUAGUCCGUUGUUAUUACCUCUCACUCUCACUCGUAUGUCAUCUCCAUCAAUUCGUCCUUCAUCAUUGUCUCUGAUCCGUCACAGUUUUUCAAAUAUGCAACAGAUGAUGGAUGAAAUUUCGAAGAAUCCAAAAGCAUUGGCACUUCUAGAAGCUAUUAAAAAAAAUCCAAAGAUUAUCCAUGCUGUUCAAGAUCUAAUGACGACUAUGAAUAGAAAAGGUUAUAUCGAUUUGAAUAAUCCAACGAGACAGCCGAAUCUUGCCAUGCUUGCAGAUAGUGAAGUUCGUAAUAAAUUAUUUGAACUAGUCAAACUGUUAGCUACUGCUGGUGUGUUCAAUGCUAAAGAUGGUGCUAAUCCCAUGAAUGCUCUGUCGAAUGUUAUGGGUCUUUUGAUGCCUCCGCCAUCGAAAGAUAAAAAAAAUGAAGUCAAAAAUAACUCAACACCUAAAUAUGAUUUUACGUAUGAUGCAACAAAAAAAGAUAAAACCGUACAGGCGACUAGUGACACUAUAGUACAAGGAUGGACCGAUAAACUUAAAAAGAUGUUUAAAUAA